GAUCAUACGUUAACAAUAUAACUACAACUUCAAGCACUCCCCACCACUUUUAAUUUCCUUUCAAUUAAGCCCUUUAAACCACAAAAAAGCUCAAUUCUUUUCUUCCCUUUUCUCUCUCUCUUUCUCUUGCAUAGCUUUGAUAGAUUCCUUCUUUUCUGCUGAGAACCUUUCAUUAUGCCUUCAAGAAUCUCUGACGCUUUUCGAGCCCACCCGGUCGACCUUCAUCCCAAUCACCCUGACUUUACCUCUCUUCAGGAAUUGCCUGACUCCUACAAAUGGACUCAUCAGUUCGAAGACUUUCCAUCUACUCCUGUUUUUGAUUCCUCUAGAGUCUCCGAACCCGUCCCUGUUAUUGAUCUCAAUGACCCUAAUGCUCUUCAACUCAUUGGCCAUGCAUGCAGAAGUUGGGGUGUUUUUCAAGUCAUUAAUCACGGCAUCCCCACUUCCAUUCUUCACCAAACUGAGUCCACUGCUAAAACUCUGUUCUCUUUACCUCUCGAACAAAAACUCAAAGCUUCUCGAUCUCCUGAUGCCGUUUCCGGCUACGGCUUAGCGAGAAUUUCUCCAUUCUUCUCUAAGCUCAUGUGGUAUGAGGGGUUCACUGUCUUUGGGUCACCUCUCGAUCAUUUUCGUCAACUUUGGCCCCGAGAUUAUACCAAACACUGUGAUGUCAUAGAAGAGUAUGAGAAAGAGAUGAAAAAGCUAGCGGCAAAAUUAGCGUGGCUAAUGCUGGGUUCACUGGGCAUAACCAAAGAGGACGUUGAUUGGGCUGGGCCUAAUGGUGAUUUUGCAGAUGCUUCUUCGGCUUCCCAAUUGAAUUAUUACCCGGCGUGUCCCGAUCCGGACAAGGCCAUGGGUCUUGCUGCCCAUACCGAUUCCACCAUUCUCACUAUCCUCUACCAGAACAGCAUCAGUGGGUUACAGGUCAUGAAAGAAGGUGUCGGAUGGGUCACUGUCCCGCCCAUCCCAGGCGGGCUUGUGGUUAAUGUAGGAGAUUUACUUCACAUAUUAUCAAACGGCUUAUAUCCGAGUGUUCUCCACCGGGCUAUGGUGAACCGAACCAAGAAUAGGAUAUCCAUUGCAUGCCUAUAUGGGCCGCCCGCCAAUGUCCAAAUCUCGCCAUUGCCAAAGCUUGUAAGCCCAAGUCAACCUCCUCUCUACCGGGCAAUUACUUGGAGUGAAUAUCUUGGCACUAAAGCAAAACAUUUCAACAAAGCACUCUCGAUUAUUAGCAGUCCUCAAAAGGGUUUGGCUGAUGUAAAUGAUCAUAAUAAUAGCGUAAAAGUGGGCUAGCUAGAUAAUCAAAUUCUUUGAUUGUCUUUUCAAUAAUUUGAUUGGUUUGCCAUGUUAUGGGGACUCAAAAAAAAAAAGAAAAAAGAAAAUGGAAUCUUAUUUAGUUCCCAUGAAAAGGGCCAUAUGGAUUUAAUAAGUUACAAUAAAUCCUGAUGAGAAUAUUUGAAU